AUGUCAUACAUACCUCCUGCCCUCCGCGAGAAGCAGCAGCAGCAGCAGCAGUCUGCUACUAGCGAACACGCUGCCCUACCUACUAAUAAGAAGGCCUCAGACCAGACAGUUCGCAUUACGCCCCUCGAGGAGCAACUCUACCGCCACACAGAUGUUCAUCAGUACUACGCAGCCAAAUAUCAACCGUCUGAGAGCCCUGACGGAGACACAUCUGCUUUGCCCAGCCAGCCCACGUCUCACGCAACACUCAACGCGUCAUCCACCGAGCCUGACAAACUCAAGUAUGUCAUGCUAUUCAAGAACGCAAACCCUCGAUGGCAGAGCGAUGGCAUUAUCUUCGUCAAAUCCAACAUCUCUCUACUCCCUGGAGGCGCUCAGUUCGAGAACGAAACGAGCCCCACCGCGAAGUCUACGACGGCCAACGAUGAGGCAGGGAAGGAGAUUGGCCAAGGUGAAGCAGCGGUGACACGGACGGGCACAAACGAGGGAGAGUCUGAGGAAAAGCACAAGAACAUCCAGUCGACAGAUACUGUCUGCGAGAAGGCGACUCCCGAGAACGAGACAAAGACUGGUGAUGAAGAGUCAACCGAGAACAAAUCAAGAAUCAAGGUCGAUAACUGCGAGCUGCAGCGAUCGGACGAUACGGACCACCCCACUGCCAAUGAGCAGCCCGAGCCCACGCCCAGUCAACCCUCAAGCUACAGCCCAAAUCUAUCCUCCUACAACCUCUGCCCCAUCGCCAUAUUCGAAGAGACCAACUUACACAGGGGCCGUUUCCGCUUCAUAGGCUACCACAAGAUCACGCGUCUACAGUUCCUCGCGCCCUACAGUCAAGAGACCUACCGAAUGCUGGAGCAGAAGUUCAGCACUGUCGACCGGCACGGGCGUGUCAAGCUUCAGAAACGGGCCCCAGCUGCGUGGGAGAUGAGCAUGAGCUACCGAUGGGCGGUCGUGAAGUUUGAGAUGGAUGAGGUAGCCAAUACUCAGUUGACUCCGCCUGAUAUCAACGUUCAGGGUGUGCAAGAUGCUGAGAAGGUUCCUCGGAAGAGCGUCAACGAGCUGCUAAAGGAGAUGAGACUGGAGGGCUGA